UGCUUGCGGUCUAGUGAAGACGUGCCUCGAAGUACUCGCCUUGUUGUUGCGAGUAUUAAUAUUUUAUUUAAUAACUAUAAUAUUUUGUUCUACAAUUAGGUUUCGUUCCAGCGAACAAAUUAGCCAUGGGACCGUUGACAUCACUGCUGCUGCUCGCUGCGCUGAUCACCUCACAAGCCAAUGCUGCCACUUGGACUCAAUGCAGAUAUUCAUACGGUGAAGAAAAUAUACCACGAGGGUCAUCAAACGACUAUAUCGAUUUUUUACACCUGGACAGAUGCAGCAUAAACAACCUAACGGAACAGGAUUUUAUUGGUCUCCCUAAUUUAGGUAUGAUUCGGAUAAGUCACAAUGAUAUACCUUACCUGGACCCGGCCGUGUUUCGUGGUGUUAUUCGAGUGAAGACCCUACAUUUAGAAGGAAACAAUCUUCAAACAAUGCCAGUGUUCGGAGCACAUUCAGUGCUCCCAAACUUAACAUCCCUGCACGUUACUGGUAAUGAAAUAACUAAAUUAGACGACCCAAGAACUUUCUCUUCAACAAAACAGUUGGAAUUUCUCAUCAUCAACGAUAAUAAAAUUGAGUUUAUACACCCAGACAUGUUUGCUGGUUUGACGAAAUUGAAAUAUUUAUACCUGAAUCGUAACAAAUUAACUUACGUGGACGAUAAAGUGUUUGCUUUAACAUCGUUGAAAAGUUUAACGACUAUAUCAAUCAGAGACAAUUUGCUGGAGUCAGUGGCGCCGGGAGCGUUCCGAAACACUCAGCUACAAGAGUUGUAUUUACAAGGAAACAGGCUCACACAUCUGCCUGAGGAUUUCUUCGCCACCGACGGAGCGCGGUUGACAUGGUUCUGCUAUCACCAGAACCCUUGGCGAUGCGCGUACUUGGACAAGAUCGUGGCAAGGAAAAACGAAGUGGAUCUGAAAUGUGUUUACUUUGGAGUAAAGCCGGUAUGCUCGUCAUAAUUAUUGACAUAUAUGUAUAUCUGAAACGUGGUCAGAAAGAUAGGUUUUUAAAGAAGUGUUCAUGUAUAAAAUGUUUUCAAUGCCGCAAGUUUUAAAUGCAUUUUAAAUUCAGUUUGCGACUUUUUAAAUUAAAUAAAUUUGAUAAUUAGUAAUAAA